UCUGUCCUCCAGGGCCCCCACUUGCUGCUAAUCCGUCCCUAGGAGCAGCGGCUGUGCCACCUCCUCCCAGUGGCCAAGCACCUGCCUCUCCGCGUACGUCAGCCGAUAGCCCCCGGGCUAUAAAGCACCAGGGCUGCCGUCUGCUGCCGUGCAUCUGGAGAGGCGCGGGGACGCUGGGAUAUGUUCUAUUCCGGGAUUCUCACCGACGGCGGCGGCGGCAGGAAAGAGGGCGACCUCCGCGAGGCUGCCUCCCUUCGCCAGCAGAGGAGGAUCAAGCAAUCCGUCCAGUUCAUCCACAAGGACUCCGCCGACCUGCUGCCUCUGGAUGGCCUGAAACGGCUGGGAACCUCCAAGGAUACGCAACCGCAUAACAUUCUGCAAAGACGCCUCCUGGAGACCAACCUAUCCAAAGUGAGACCGGCGCGCGCCAGCUGGCCCCCGAAGGGCGAGAGCAACAAGUUCCACCAAGCGAAAUGCGCCGGGACGGCGGGCGAGGAGGAUCUCAUCUCCGUUUGGUGUCAGUGCGCUGGGAAGGCGAUCAGGGCCUCGAUUGACACCUCUUGUCAGCAUAACCUCAUUCCUUCAGCCUGCGUGGAGAGACUCGGGCUGAAAGAACAUUUCCGAUCCUGUAAGAACGAGGAGGAGAACGCCGCGCUGCCGUAUAACAUGACACCCAUCGGACAAAUCGAGCGAUUGGCUGUGACGCUGGGGAGUCUGACCCUGGAGUGCGCUGCGGUGGUCAUAGAUGACAACGACAGAUAUCUCUCACUUGGGCUCCAGACAUUACGAUCCAUGAAGUGCACUAUAAACCUUGACAAGAACCAGCUUGAGAUCGGAGGCUCGGAUCCGGAGGUUAUUCCUUUCAUUGUCACAAAACACAAUGCAAAAGAGAACCCCCCGGAUGUGUAGCGGAUUAGAGGAGCCCCAAAGAGAGCGCUGCCCUUCUUACUAAACAAAGAGCUUCGACUCCAUCCCAUCGGAAGGACGGCGCGAGUAACC